CCGCGCUCGUCCUCCCCGCCGCCCGGCGCGGCCAUGGGGACGCUGCUGGCCCUCGUGGUGGGCGCGGCCCUGGUGUCCUCAGCCUGGGGGGGCUGCGUGGAGGUGGACUCGGAGACCGAGGCCGUGUAUGGGAUGACCUUCAAAAUUCUGUGCAUCUCAUGCAAGCGGCGCAGUGAGACCAGCGCGGAAACUUUCACCGAGUGGACAUUCCGUCAGAAGGGGACAGAGGAGUUUGUCAAGAUCUUGCGCUACGAGAACGAGGUGCUGCAGCUGGAGGAGGAUGAGCGCUUUGAGGGCCGGGUGGUGUGGAAUGGCAGCCGGGGUACCAAGGACCUGCAGGACCUGUCCAUCUUCAUCACCAACGUCACCUACAACCACUCUGGUGACUAUGAAUGCCACGUCUACCGCCUCCUCUUCUUUGAUAAUUACGAGCACAACACCAGCGUUGUCAAGAAAAUCCACCUGGAGGUGGUGGACAAAGCCAACAGAGACAUGGCGUCCAUCGUGUCUGAAAUCAUGAUGUACGUGCUCAUCGUGGUGUUGACCAUAUGGCUUGUGGCGGAGAUGGUCUACUGCUACAAGAAGAUUGCCGCCGCCACGGAGGCUGCUGCUCAAGAGAAUGCCUCGGAAUACCUGGCCAUCACGUCUGAGAGCAAAGAAAACUGUACGGGUGUCCAAGUGGCUGAAUAGCAAUGGCCCUGGGCUCCGCCCCUAGGAAGAGCCAGCCCUAACGGGUAACCUCCCCCUUGGUGGGGAUUGGGGAUCGGCCAGCCCCAGCCUCAGAGUCCUGCAAAGGAGCCACUGGGGUGGGAAGGGGCGGGGACUCGGCUCCCACCCUUACCCACCUCCUCCUCCUGCCCCUUCACCCUCCCACCGCCAUGCAUGAUGGGUGAAGCAAUACAGCCGCCCCACCUCUGCUUAUGCUGCCUGUUUGGGGAGGGGCGGUGAGGCGGGGGCAGGGCCCGCACCCCUUCUUUUUGCUGAUUUGCACACAUUGGCCGCUUCCCAUGCGCACUGCUGGGCCAGCCAGCCCCGCCCCUGCCCAGUGGGGCUAACAAGGGGCAGGGAUAGGGACAGUCCUGGGCUGGGGGUUCUGUACCUCAUCUGCCCUCUGCUUCCUCUGGCUGGACCUGGGAUCCCCUCCCUGCGAUGCCAUCUUGCCCUGGCCCACCCGCCCUCUCUCACCAGCCUUCGAUUGUGGUCACUUGGGAUGGGGCCUCUGUGGCCUCACCUCUCUUUACAGAAGUAGUUUUGUUCAUGAAAUAAAGAUUCUUGGACUUGA